AUGUCUUUACAAAAACAAUUAUUCAAUUAUGUAUUUAAGAAUAUUGUUACUCAAAGACCAAUAUUCGAAUAUGUAAAAUGGAUUCAUCAAAAAUUACAUUUACAAACAUUUAGUUGGAUUUCACUUUGUAUGAAACCUGAUCUAUUGGUUUAUUAUGGAUAUGAAAACCAACUAAAAUCAUAUCUUAGAUUUAAUGACUUGCAAUGUUUAUCUAACUAUGAAUAUGAUAGAUCUAUUUUCUAUACAAUUAGAAACAAUUAUUGGAAAAUUCUAGAGAUGAUUGUUAAGAUACCAUACAACUAUCGAUUUACAUAUUUGGGAUUUGAUUAUUUUUAUACUCAUUUUAAAAGAUUAUUUUGUAACAAAUUCCUAGAUUAUGCAGUCCUUUGGAAUAGAUGGAAUCUUUUAGAUAUGUUGGAUAUGAAAUAUAAUUUCUCGAGAAUCGAUUUCCAUAGUGCUUUGGAAGUGGUUGGAGUAAAUGGUGGUGUAGAAUGUAUGAAAUGGUUGGUAUCAAAAGUCAACGACAAUCAAGAUGAUAUCUACAACAAGGUUGCAAAUCUUUCAGUGUAUCACGGACAAAUUGAAAUCACUCAAUGGCUAUCUGUUCAUAUUCCAAGCAGUAUUAGAGGAUCUAUAUUUUAUCAAUUGAUUAUUGGCCAAAAUAAAAGAUCUCUCGGUUGGCUUUUUCCUAAUCUCAAAGAGAUAAACAAUUUAAGUAAAUUAGCCAAAACACUAGACAUUCCGAAUUCUUACACAUAUUCUUAUCUAAUAUCAAGAGAAUAUGUCAAGUCUAUUCAAAACAAAUAUCCUUCAAAACUACCUAAGAUUCAAAAAAGAUCAGAUCAAAGAAAACAAAAAUCAAAUAAUCAUGAUAAAUAUAAACAACAAAAAUAG